UAGUUCAUUGUAUUACCUGUAGAGGGAAAUGCAGUAGUGUCUCUGAUAGAAAAUGUAUACCUGCAUAUAAUUUUGAAGGUUCGAAGUGAAUUUGUAUAUUAUAUUACAAAGUUUAAUUAUUUAUGAUUAAUAUUUAAGUUUAACAUAUAAAAAUGUCUUCGUUUACGUUUGGAACGCCUACUAUAACCUCAAGUAGUUCAGGUUUUGGAUUUGGUACUCAAAGCACGUCUUUUACUUCAACGACACCUGCAACCGGAUUAACAUUUGGAACAUCAACUCCAGCUACUACCAGCAACUUAAAUUUUGGUUUUGGAGCAACACCGACAACUGCUACACCUAAUCAACCAACCGGUACAUUUUUAGGAACUGGAACAGCCACGACAACUGCAACACCAAACUUCUUUUCAACUCCGACAACUUCUACAGCUCCUUUGUUUACGGGACGCAGUUUUGGAACGCCUGUUCAAAACAAUACCUUAAAAGGGCCUUUAAAUACCACACCUGCUACAGGAGGUCUAAUGUUUGGAACUUCUACCAAUACACCGUCCUUGUUUGGUUCUGUUAGUAGUAGUGGUUUAGCAGCUACUAAAUUAACAACCACUACAACUACCACUGCAACUGUGGGUAGAGGAUUAGGUGGUUUAGAUGUUUCUGUUAAUAAUAAAGGUCUUUCUCAAGGUAGCAAUAGUCCAACUGCUGCGAAAGAAAAUUUAUUACCCAACGAACUGUGGCAAACUAUAGAUAAAUUCAAAGAAUUUGUGAAAAAACAGAAGGUUCUAUCUUCCGAUAUAGCGAGAGGUUCUGCAAGACCAUUAAAUCGUUGUGCAGAGGAUACAGCAUCGUUAAUGGAACUUUUAACAACAUUGGCAGGAUCUGUUCAACGUGAUCGCGCUUUUGCUGAUAAGCUGAAGCAAGAUACGGCAAAGGCGUUACAAAAUGCAGAAAUAGCUCAAAGAACAAAUGAUACUCCUUCUGGAUUGCAAUAUGAAAAUAACGCACCUCUUCUAUUUUUCAUAGAAUUAGCAGAGAAUUUCGAACACGACUUAAUGUUAUUUAGAUCUCAAAUUGAAACAACAGAGAAACAUAUACAAACAAUGAUGGCACCAAAGACCUUAACUCCGCAAGAACUAACAAUGGCUAUGAGUAAACUUCAUGAGUCUUUAGUCGCGGUUGCUGGAAAAUUACAAGGCGUACAUUCAAAAGUACAACAACAGAAGGAACAGUAUUUAAAUUUUAGAAAAUACGUCUUGAAAGAUAACACUAACGUUUUUGAUGAUAUUAAAACAAACGAUAAAUCAUUUGGGAACACUAUGGGAAGAAUUACCAGUGGGCCAACACCUUUUGGUCCAGGCAACAGAAGUUUCAUAUCUUCAACAGCGUUGAAUUCUACUCAAGCUGCCGGUUUAGAUGCACGAAAUUCUUUAGGGGAAAUGUAGAAGCUGUAUUUUAGUUAUUGAGUUUGGGGAAAUACGACACCAGUCCCUUCUGCUAUAAGUACAACCAUAGAUACACCCGUCAAGCCACCAACAGCUAGCUUGAACUUCAAUACGCCAACAAAUCUUACUGCACCUUUGUCAACUAUCGAAUCUAAUGCUAAUUUUCAACUACAGAAACCACCGAUUGGAAAUAAAAGAGGGAAACA